GGGCGGAGCUGGCGUCUCCUCGCGGAUGGGCGGCGGGACGGCGGCCGCAGCCCGGGGCAGACAGGCGGACAGGCACGGAGCCCGGCCCGGCGGGAUCACCCGCAGUAGGACGACCCAGCGCGCUGCGGUGCGGCGGCGCCGACUGAGACCCGGAGCUGUCCACCUUGGCGGAGCGCGGCAUCUCCAGGUCCCUGGGUCUGGACAUCCAGCUCUACUAGGCCUGGCCAUGGCAUUGUGCCUAAAGCAGGUAUUUGCCAAGGACAAAACUUUCCGGCCCCGGAAGCGCUUUGAGCCCGGCACACAACGCUUUGAGCUCUAUAAGAAGGCACAAGCCUCACUCAAGUCUGGCCUGGACCUUCGCAGUGUGGUGAGGCUGCCACCUGGCGAAAGCAUCGAUGACUGGAUCGCUGUGCACGUGGUGGACUUCUUCAACCGCAUCAACCUCAUCUAUGGCACCAUGGCUGAGCACUGCAGUGAGACCAGCUGCCCAGUCAUGGCGGGCGGGCCUCGCUAUGAGUACCGCUGGCAGGAUGAGCGCCAGUACCGAAGGCCUGCCAAGCUCUCGGCGCCCCGUUAUAUGGCAUUGCUUAUGGACUGGAUCGAGGGUCUCAUCAAUGAUGAGGAUGUCUUUCCAACACGUGUUGGAGUUCCCUUCCCCAAGAACUUCCAGCAGGUCUGCACCAAGAUCCUGACCCGACUCUUCCGAGUCUUUGUCCACGUCUACAUCCACCACUUCGACAGCAUCCUCAACAUGGGGGCAGAGGCACAUGUCAACACCUGCUAUAAGCACUUUUACUACUUCAUCCAGGAGUUCAGCCUGGUGGACCAGAGGGAGCUAGAACCACUGAGGGAGAUGACAGAACGGAUCUGCCACUGAGUCCAGAUCUAGAUGUUGUUGCCUAUCAACUGGACCAUCGGACACAGUGUAGCUGGGAAAGGGGACCCUUAGGAGCCUGUCGGUAGAGCAAUCUGAAGGCCUGUAGGACCCCUCUACAUACCCAACACCUCUGGACUUCUCAGAAGUCCACCUGGAGAACGGAGGGCUUCAAGUGGGCAACUGAAGCAAAGGAGUUUAGCCCCUCACAUUCGGUCCAAGAGUAGGGUAGGCUUCCAGGUUCCUGCUCUGAUAUUUCACCCUUUCACCCUACCAUGGUGGGUCCCAAAUCUAUUUGGGGAAUAUGGAUGUGGCUGAACUGGUGGCAAGAAAAUUAUGAGAGUGAGUGCCUGUAUUUGAGCAAGCGGGUAGGUGUGUGUGCGCGCAAGGGGUGGGGGUUUGAUUGUGGGAUUUGUCUGAGAGAUUCAGGUCCUUUCUGGCACAUAGUAGGCCCUCAUGUUGGAUGGAUGGGUGGGUGGGUGGAUGGAUAGAUGGAUGGAUGGAUGGAUGGAUGGAUGGAUGGAUGGAUGGGUGGAUGGGUGGACAAACAGACAGGAUGAUCUAAGUCCAUGACCCUUUUAGGAGUAAUGACAGCUUUGUUCCCUAGCUCAACUCUGACCAUAUGUACAAGUGUACAGAAUGUGCAUGUAGAUGGAGUGGUACCUCUGGAUCUUCUAGAACACCAUUUUCUAUCUACGUGAGUCCCAUGCAGUUGAGUGGAGGCUAGAAAGUUCAGCUUUGCCCUGAAUUCCUUAAACUCAUGACCUACCACCAUGUGGGCUGAUUUGCUCAGCCAAGGAUGUCCACAAAUUGUUAUGUCACUCAUCUUUCUGCUUCCAGGAGGGUCUGAUAACAGUAAGCCUCUAAGCUACUGUGGUGGCACAUACCUUUAAUUCCAGCAUUCAUGAGGCAGAGGCACGAGGAUCUCUGAGUUCUA